AUGCAAUCGCUAUCUCCUCCGUCUCCAAUCAAGUCCUUGAUCCGGUCACGUCCUCGAGUCACCCGAGUAAUUCCCAACAAACUCGUCCUGCAAUGCAUCUACCGUUCCGACUCGGUCUCUUUCCCGAACGGCGUCGGUGCGAACCGAGCCGAUUGGCAAAGUACAUGUGCUAUAUUAGCAAGCAAAGUGCUAGCUCAACAACAGCCAACGGAUAAAUCUAGUAGUGGUGGUGGUGGCGAUGCUAACGGAGGAGCAGAUCACGUGGCUGCUGUUAACGGGCACAAGACAUCCGUGGACUUAAAUCUAGUCCCGAUAGAAAAAACCACACCCAACUCGAACAACAACAGCAGCAUCAAACCUCAUAAGCCACAAAAACCGUUAACGAUAACUGACUUGUGUCCUGCUCCUAUGCACGGGGCACAACUCAGAGUCGCAUAUCAAGGAGUUCCUGGCGCAUACUCUGAAGCUGCUGCAGGAAAAGCUUAUCCCAACUGUGAAGCGAUUCCAUGCGACCAGUUUGAGGUUGCUUUUCAAGCCGUCGAGCUUUGGAUAGCCGAUCGUGCUGUUUUACCUGUCGAAAAUUCUCUCGGUGGAUCUAUUCAUCGGAAUUAUGACCUCCUCCUCCGUCACCGCCUCCAUAUCGUUGGGGAAGUUCAAUUACCCGUCCACCACUGCCUCCUUGCCCUCCCCGGAGUCCGAAAGGAGUAUGUUAACCGAGUCAUUUCACACCCACAAGCUCUAGCUCAAUGCGAAUUAACGCUGACCAAACUCGGUCUGCAGGCGGCGCGUGAAGCCGUGGAUGAUACAGCUGGUGCUGCGGAGUAUAUUGCUGCCAAUAACCUCCGUGACACGGCUGCUAUUGCUAGUGCACGCGCUGCGGAGCUUUAUGGGAUGCAGGUGCUUGCUGAUGGGAUCCAGGAUGAUUCAAGUAAUGUUACGCGCUUUGUUAUGUUGGCGCGUGAACCGAUUAUACCGAGAACGGACAGGCCAUUCAAGACCAGUAUCGUGUUUGCUCAUGAUAAAGGAACGAGUGUGCUGUUUAAGGUGCUCUCCGCUUUUGCGUUUAGGAAUAUCAGUUUGACGAAGAUUGAAUCGAGGCCGCACAGGAACCGUCCGAUUAGGUUGGUUGAUGAUGCAAAUGUGGGGACAGCUAAACAUUUUGAGUACAUGUUUUACGUUGAUUUUGAAGCAUCAAUGGCUGAGGUUAGAGCACAGAACGCAUUGGCUGAAGUUCAAGAAUUCACAUCUUUCUUGAGGGUCUUAGGGAGCUAUCCAAUGGACAUGACACCUUGGUGUCCAUCAAGAGCGGAAGAUGAUGAUGAUGACAAAAAUGCGUUUUAA